AUGUCCUUGUCAAAACCGUUUCCACUUCUCCGUCUACCCAGAUUGCCUCUUUUCAAAGUUUUCGACUGCAUCGGUCUUCAGGAACAAUUCUACCUCUCAAUAUGCUCGAGCAAAGCAAAAUAUGCCAUCAAGUUCUACCCCAGUAGACAGAAGUUCUUUGUGGCUUUUCAUUUUACAAACAACUUUACGUUUUACAUGAGCACCGCCAAUUCUGACGAUGAAUUCCAGAUAAACGCCAAAACUCACACUGCUAUUUUUAGAUCACUCUGGCGAUUUUUGAGCAGCAUUGAGACAAGCUCAAAGCCCCCAUCUGAAAAUAACGCGAAACGGCUUCUUUUGUUUUUGGUGGACGUGUUUAAUACUCCUGCAAUUUGUCUGAAUUUCGAAAAGAGACGUCAUGAAAUUGUGACAGGAUUCAUUAACUACAUUCAUUCACAGAAGCUGAACAUACAACGUUUGGACAUCAUGUCUAAAAAAGGGGAAGAUGAAAUUGUGGAAUUUGUUCUGGAUAAUUGUAGAAACACGCCUGAAGUUUAUCUGGAAUGCCCAGUGACUACAAGAUUCAAGUAUCUGAACAAGUCUUUGAUCUCAAAGUUCAACCUAGACAAGCUAACAAUGGACUAUGCGGAAUGGGUGACCACGGGGCAGCUAACUAAUUUAUUCAUCAAUUGCAAACAUCUCGUACUUCACAAUUGUUCGACAGGCCAUAUCAAAGUCAAUCAAUUCAUCAAAAAAUGGAUGAAUGGGCCAUCUCAGUUGAAACACGCUUGGCUGACAUUCAAAGUUGACCUCUCCAUGGCUGAUAUUAUGAGAGGGAUACCAUCGACUGUUGUGCCGACCGAAGAGUUGGGGCGGGGACGAUCCAUCAAUACAGUUUAUCGCAUCCAACAACAAAAAUCUGGACGGAUGUCCCAGUCAAAACCGUUUCCACUUCUCCGUCUACCGAGAUUACCUCUUUUCAAAGUUUUCAACGACAUCGGCGUUCAGGAACGAUUCUACCUCUCAAUAUGCUCAAGCAAAGCAAAAUAUGCCAUCAAGUUCUACAACGAAAGACAGAAGUUCUCAGUAAAUUUUAAUUUCACGGAUACUUUUGCGUUUUCCCUGAAAACCGGUCACCAUAAAUUUUGGAUAGACUUCCAAACUCACAUUCCCAUUUUCGGAUCAAUGUGGACAUUUUUGAGCAGCGUUUACGCUGAAGCCCCGACAAAUGUGAAACGACUUCUCAUGUUUUUGGUGGACGUGUUUAAUACUCCUGCAAUUUCUCUGAAUUUCGAAGAGAGACCUCAUGACUUUGUGUCAGGAUUUAUUAACUUCAUUCAGUCUGUGAAACUGAACAUUCAUCGUUUGAAGAUUAAGUCAAAUAACGAAAAAGAUGUGGAAUUUAUUCUGGACAAUUGUAGAGAGGGCUUUUCUGAACUCCACCUAAAUUGUCCAAUGACUACAUUAUUCGAGUAUCUGAAUAAGCCCUUGCUUCCAAAGUUCAAUCUCGAUGUGCUAGAAAUCAACUAUGCGGGAUGGGUGACCACAAGGCACUUAACCAAGUUAUUCAUGAAUUGCAAAUAUGUCAAACUUGAUAGAUGCAACCCAAGAAAUAUUAACGUUAAGCAAUUCAUUCAAGAAUGGAAAUACGGAUAUUCUCAACUGAACCACGCCUGUCUCACAUUUAGUAACGUUGACUUCUCCUUGGCAGAUAUUAUGAGAGGGAUACCAUCGACAGUUGUACCGGUCGAAGAGAUGGGGCGGGAAUUUAGAACAAUCAACAAUACAGUUUAUCGCAUCAAACAACAAAAAACUGGACGGGAAGCCAAUGUUUAUAGUGAUCGAAAUUAUAUCUCUAUAAAACUGAAAAUCCAAAGUUUGAAGAUCGAGUCAAAAAAAGCUGAAGAUAUGGAAUUUGUUCUUGAUAAUUGUAGAGAAGGCUUCUCCGAAAUCCACCUGGAUUGUCCAGGGACUACAAGAUUUAAGUAUCUGAACAAGUCGCUAUUCCCAAAGUUUAGUGUCGAUAAGCUAACUAAUCUACAAUUAAUCUACGAAUGGAUUUACGGAUGUUCUCAAUUGAAAUACGCCCGUCUAACAUUUGGUCAUGAUCAAACUAAAAUGCGUCUCGUGGAGAGUGACUGGCUAGGGACUCGGCUGCCUCGUGUUGACCGAUGUUACGGGUCCAAAUAUUUGGCUGAUAUUAUGAAGACGAUACCAUCGACAAUUUUGCCGACCAAAGAAAUGGGGUGGGAAUUUGGACUAUUAGACACUAAAGUUUAUCGCAUCCGACAACAAAACACUGGACGGGAAGCCAAUGUCUUUAGUGAUCAUCGUACUAUUGGGAUUACUGAUUCUCCCCUCGCCUAUCCGAAUUAUCCAUAG